GAGAAGCAGAAGCUGUGCAGCCGGCUGCUUUUGCUCUGUUGCCGUUUUUGCGUGCUGAUGUCGUGUGUCUGAGGUCUGAAAGCGAGUGCUGCUGCUGCAAUUGGUUUUAUAUCUGCUGCAAUUGACCUGGUUCCGUCGACUGAACUCGGCUCCUCGAACCCUGCCUGCUGCAUCGUCUGCUUCUACGGCUCGUUCUGCUUUGAUCCUCGACUUCUUCGCUUUGAUCCUCGACUUCUUCGCUCGAGACACCUCAAUUCUCUCUAUACCCCUCAAUCACCCUCUCCUUCCUCCUCCCACACAGCAUGGCCCGUCUGGCUUUGUCGCAGACCGGCUCCGGCCUGCUCAGAGUCAACCUCCCGCCCCUUACCAGAACCGCAGUCGUUAUCACAGUCAUCCUCUCCGCGGUCGUGGCCAUCAUCCGCUACUCUGCCUACUUCACCAUGCGCGCCGCCAACCCGGAAAACAAACUGCCGCUCUCCUCCGUCUACGUCUCGUACCUGACCGUCGUCCCCGCCAGCUCCAUCGUCUUUCCCUGGACAUUCAUUACUGCCUCAUACAUCGAGCAGAACAUUCUGAGUCUGCUGAUUUCCGUCGCAACGCUUGCAUAUGGUGCAAAGUACUGUGAGCGCGUCUGGGGAUCGAUGGAGCUCCUCAAGUUUCUGGCUAUCGUCGGAGUCGCCUCCAACUUUGUCGUCUUUUUCGUCUGCAUCGUUAUCUAUGGCAUAACUCGACACUCUGAUAUAGGAUUCCUCACAAUCUGCGGAGGCGUUGCCCUGCAAUCUGGCUUCCUCGUGGCCUUCAAGCAGCUCGUGCCUGAGCACGCCGUCGUGCUCUUCAGGGGCCUCAUCAAGAUCCGCGUCAAGCAGCUUCCCGCCAUCUUCCUGCUCGUCAACACCAUCAUCGGUCUCUUUGGCGGCCGCGUCAAAGCCAUGCUCACCUGGGCCGGCUUCUUCACCUCCUGGAUCUACCUGCGCUUCUACCGCGUCUCCAACCUCCCUUUCGACAACGACCUCUAUACCGCCUCGUCCCCUGGCGGCCUGCCCGCGCCCGUCACGGCCGAACCGACAACCACAAAAGGCGACGCGUCCGACACGUUCUCGCUCGCGAAUUUCUUCCCCGACGCCAUCGCGCCGUUCAUCGGCUUCAUCUCCGACAAGACCUUCAACUUCUUUGUCACGCUGCGGCUGUGUACGCCUUUUUCGCAGGAAGACGUCGAGGCUUCAAACAUGCGCAACGGACAGCUGCGGCAGCGGUUUGUGGCGCCGUUGCCGGGAAGCGCGCGAGCAGAGGCGGAGCGGCGUCGCGCGUUGGCGUUGAAGGCUUUGGAUCAGCGGUUGUCGCAGAGUAAGAAGGACACGACCGGCGCGCUGGGCGAGACUACAUUCACGCCGGAGGAUAAUCAGAGUUAGAUAAUAAUAAUGCAUUUACGGUU